AUGGCUACUGUUAGUAUGGAGACAGACGACCAAAUCGUGGCUCAGGAUAGUUCUUUGGUUGUUUCUAAUGCUCCAAACAGCUCUGGAUUGACGGUUGCGUUGCAUCCGUUGGCUCUGCUCAAUAUAUCUGAUCAUUAUACAAGGAUAAAGAUGCAACAACAAGUUUCACAUCCAAGAGGGGCUUUGCUUGGGACGCAAUCAGGACGCGAAGUCGAGAUUACAAAUUCUUAUGAAUUGGUCCAUGUUGAGAGCGAUGGGAAGAUUAUUGUGAGCGAGGACUAUUUUACAAACAAGCAAGAACAAUUUCGUCAGGUUUUCCCUCAGUUUGAUUUCUUAGGAUGGUAUACAUUGGGGCCGUAUCCAACACAAGAAGACAUCGAGAUUCACAAACAAAUUAUGACUCUUAAUGAAAGUCCUCUGUUCCUGCAGAUGAAUCCAUUCGAGAUUGUAUCCUCUAAGAAUCUGCCAAUAACCGUGUAUGAGUCUAUAAUCGAUAUUAUCGAUGGGAAGGCACAAACAAUGUUUAUCAAAGCGCAGUAUAAGAUCGAGACAGGAGAGGCGGAACGUAUCGCAGUUGACCACGUUGCCCACACGUCUGCGGGAGAGGGAACCGAAGGGUCAUCACUGAUCGCCCAUUUGACCACCCAGAGUAACGCUAUUAAAAUGCUCCAUACAAGAAUAAAGUUGCUACAUCAGUAUCUUCUGGAUGCCAAGAAUGUUUCAGAGGAUGAGCUUGAUUAUGAUAUUCUCCGUCAAAUUGCCAGUUUAUGUAACCGGUUGCCUACGAUCGAUGGAGCAGAAUUCAACCAAGAAUUUUUGACCGAAUACAACGAUGUGUUGCUUACGUCUUAUCUCGCAGCCAUAACGAAAGGAACGAAUUGCAUCAACGAGCUUGUAGAUAAAUUCAAUCUUGCUAGUAGCACAGGAAAAUCGAAUCGACGUUAA